UCUUACUCACAUGAACAGGGAAGUAGGCAGGACUGAUAAACACGGAGCAGCAGCAGCAGCGUUGUCACUGUGAGUGUGCAUAAAGUCUGUGUCCUGUCAUCGGGUUUGGUCAAGGGUUUAACCGGCAGGUCAUCAUCUUGUUAAGGGACGUUAGAAAAUGGCCAACAUCCCCCUCUCUCGCUCCGAGGUGUUCGGGGAGCUCAGGAAGGAGCUGCAUGAAGAUCAGGAGUUCCGCCAGUCCGACGCUCAUGUUUUCAUCAUCAUGGGAGCAUCGGGAGAUCUGGCCAAGAAGAAAAUCUACCCAACGCUGUGGUGGUUGUUCAGAGAUGGCCUCCUCCCUGAGCAGACAUAUUUUGUGGGCUUUGCCCGCUCUGACCUGACAGUUGAAAAAAUUCGGGCCUCCUGUCUGCCAUACCUGAAGGUGGCGGAUACAGAAACUGAGCGACUGUCGGCCUUCUUCAGCAGGAACACGUACAUCAGUGGGAAAUACGCAGAUGAGAGUUCCUUCUCCGACCUCAACACACACAUCCUGUCUCUGCCGGGAGGAUCCGAGGCAAACCGUCUCUUCUACCUGGCGCUGCCGCCCACCGUCUACCAUGAUGUUACCAAGAACAUCAAGCAGUGCUGCAUGAGCACAAAAGGCUGGAACAGGGUGAUUGUAGAGAAGCCGUUUGGGCAUGACCUUCAGAGCUCUGAAGAGCUGUCCACUCACCUUUCCUCCCUCUUCACUGAAGAACAGAUCUACCGUAUAGAUCACUAUCUGGGCAAGGAAAUGGUGCAGAACCUCAUGGUGCUCAGGUUUGGAAACCGCAUCUUUGGGCCAAUCUGGAACAGAGACAGCGUGGCCUGUGUUGUUCUCACCUUUAAAGAGCCCUUUGGCACUCAGGGACGUGGAGGCUACUUUGAUGAUUUUGGCAUCAUCCGCGACGUCAUGCAGAACCACUUGCUCCAGAUGCUCUGUCUGGUUGCCAUGGAGAAGCCAGCAUCCACCAGCUCUGAUGAUGUCAGGGAUGAAAAGGUGAAGGUGCUGAAGUGCAUCGCUCCAGUGACAAUGUCAGAUGUGGUGCUGGGUCAGUACGUGGGAGACCCAGAAGGUGAGGGAGACGCCAAACUGGGUUACCUCGAUGAUCCCACAGUUCCAAAAGGAUCGACUCAGGCCACCUUCGCCACUGCCGUCCUCUACGUGCACAACGAACGCUGGGACGGUGUUCCGUUCAUCCUGCGCUGUGGAAAAGCUCUGAAUGAGAGGAAAGCUGAGGUGCGGCUGCAGUUUACGGAUGUCCCGGGGGACAUUUUUGGAAAUCAGUGUCGUAGGAAUGAGCUAGUGGUGCGUGUGCAGCCCAACGAGGCCGUCUAUGCCAAGAUGAUGAGCAAGAAACCCGGCGUAUACUUUAGCCCAGAGGAAACUGAGCUGGACCUCACCUACAAGAGUAGAUACAAGGAUGUGAAGCUUCCCGAUGCUUACGAACGCCUCAUCCUGGAUGUCUUCUGUGGGAGUCAGAUGCACUUUGUACGCAGUGAUGAAUUAAGGGAAGCGUGGAGGAUCUUCACACCUCUUCUUCAUCAGAUAGACAAAGAGAAGCCCAAACCUAUUCCUUACAAAUAUGGAAGCCGUGGGCCGGCGGAAGCCGACGACCUUGUAAAGAGAGUUGGAUUUCGCUAUGAAGGCACUUACAAAUGGGUCAACCCUCACAGGCUGUAAGCUGUAAUGAGAUGAGGGAGGAGUAGUAGGGGUAAGAUAGUAGGAGGGGUGCAGCGGGGUAAGUGAGCCGUGUCAUGUUCCAGCAUUGGAGUGUCUUUGAGGAAGGAAGUGUCUCCACUAUGUGGAUCCAUCGCUGUAGCAGCAAAGUGAGAAGCUAUUUAAAAAAAAACAAAAAACAUAGAGUAUUUCUCAGGUAUAGCAAUUAUUCCUAGGAGCUUGUUCAUCAGACAUUCUAAAGAGAAUAAUGAAUUCAUGCUGUCAACAUGGGCCUAUGCUAGAUGCACUGGUACUUUUUAUUUUUAUAUUUAUACAUUCACAGCAUUUCUGUAUGUUAUUUGAGAUGUGGGACCAAGUCAGUUGGACAGGGAACAAAAAGAA